CGGCAGCGACCAGGAGAAGCUUUGCAAACGUUGAGCCUCUAGGCCCCUGGGAAGGGGAUGGGGAUGAGGAUCAUGUCUGGGACAAUGUAGUGAGGCUUCUCGAGUCAGAGAGACUGGGUACCACUCCCAGCUGUGUGACUUCAGGCAAGUUGCUUAACCUCUCUGAGCCUCAGUUUUGUCUUCUGUAAGGUGGAGAUCUGUCAGUGUGGUUGGGAGGAUUACACGGGCUAUACCAGGUUGAAUCGUGCCUCUUACAAAUUUGCAUCCAUGUGGAACCUGCGAAUAUGGUCUUAUUCGGAAAGGGGAUUUCAGAUGGAAUCAAGGUAAGAUAAAGUCGUACUAGGUUAGAACGAGCCCCAAUCCAACAUGACCGACGUCCUUACAAGGAGAGGGGAACUGGGACAGAGACACAGACCCGUGGAGAAGAGAACACCAUGCGGGAACGGGGACAGAGGUCGGAGUGACCCAUCUGCAAGCCGAGGAACACCAAGGGCAGCCAGCAGCCACCAGACGCCAGACGGGCCAAGAAGGAUUCUCCCCUACAGCCGUCAGAGGGAGCCUGCCCGCCCCCGCCGACACCUCAAAUUCAGGCUCCAGACUCCAGAACUGCGAGGGAAUGAGUUCACGUAGUUUGAGCUGCCUGGUUUGUGGUGACUCGUCGCAGCGGCCACAGGGCCCUAGCACACCCUGAAGAAGGGCUUUGUGCUGUGCUCGGUGCGCAGCAAACACUGUGUCACUGUGGUCAUUCCUCUGCGGUCACGUGCCACUCAACGACGGGGGAUGCGGUCUGAGAAAUCUGUCGUCGGGCGAUUCUGCCGCUGCGCGGACAUUGCAGGGUGCGCCUGGCCCGCUGCGCGCCUGGGCUGUGCGGUAGAGCCCGUGCAGCACGUGACUGUACUGAAUACCGUUGGCCACUGUGACAAAACAGUCAGUAUCUGUGCGUCUAAACACAGCGUGGGCACAGCAGAAACACGGCGUGAAAGGCAGGAAAGGUGCCCCCGCAUGGGGCACGUGCCGGGAACGGAGCCCGCGGGCGGAACUUGCUCUGGGCUGCCGGGGGCCCGGAGGAGGCUGCUGAGCCCCGGGCCAUGGUCCAGUCUCGCCGGACCUGGAACCUGGGAGCCACGCCCUCGCUGCGCGGCCUGUGGAGAGUGGGCCGGGCCCCGGAGCCCGAGCCGGAGCCCGGGAUGGCUCGCCCCGCCCCAGCCAGCCCGGCCGCCCGCCCUUUCCCACACACCGGCCCAGGGAGGUUGAGAACUGGGCGUGGAAGAGACACCCCGGCCGGCGGUGAUGAAGAAUCUGGUGCUCGAAGUGCGGCUCGUCCGGCCCUAGCUCAGUGCCGAGCCCUCAGCGUGGACUGUGCGGGCCCCGGGAGCCCCCGCCGGCUCUACCUGAGCGUGCAGCAGGCCCCACAAGACAAGGGGUGCAAGAGCAAGAGUCAGGGGACGAAAGACGAGAAGCCCCCGAAGAGGCCGGCGCUGGCCCCCAGGCGGGCCCGGGAGGCCCAGGAAGCCGGUGGCACCAUGAAUGUAGAGAAACCAGGUGGGCUGCUGUUUGGCAGCGGGAGGUGCUCGAGCCUGUCGGGGUCCCCAGGUGCGGUCCCCAUGGUGCAUAAGAUGGUGGAGGCCAUGUCCCAGCUGCAGGAGGAGAAAGCCCGGCUGCAGGAGCUGGCGGCCCUACGGGAGAGGCUGGCCCUCCAGGACAGUGACCCGCAAACCACACCCACCCAGCUGCAGAACCAGGUGGAGAACCUGAAGGAGAAGCUGAUUGGCCAGGCACAGGAAGUGAGCCGCCUCCGGUCAGAGCUGGGAGGCACAGACUUGGAGAAGCACCGGGACCUGCUGAUGGUGGAGAAUGAGCGACUGAGGCAGGAGAUGCGGCGUUGCGAGGCUGAGCUUCAGGAGCUGCGUGCCAAGCCGGGGGCCCCCUGCGUGGGCUGCGAGCACAGCCAGGAGAGCGCCCAGCUCCGGGACAGGCUGUCGCAGCUGCAGCUGGAGGUGGCGGAGAACAAAAGCGUGCUGUCGGAGCUGAACCUGGAGGUGCAGCAGAAGACCAACCGGCUGGCCGAGGUGGAGCUGCGGCUCAAGGACUGCCUGGCCGAGAAGGCACAGGAGGAGGAGCGGCUCAGCCGGCGCCUGCGGGACAGCCACGAGACCAUCGCCAGCCUGCGGGCCCAGUCGCCGCCCGUCAAGUAUGUCAUCAGGACGGUGGAGGUGGAGUCGUCCAAGACCAAGCAGGCCCUCAGCGAGUCCCAGACCCGGAACCAGCACCUGCAGGAGCAGGUGGCCAUGCAGAGGCAGGUGCUGAAGGAGAUGGAGCAGCAGCUGCAGAGCUCGCACCAGCUGACCGCACAGCUCCGGGCGCAGAUCGCCAUGUACGAGUCGGAGCUGGAACGGGCGCACGGGCAGAUGCUGGAGGAGAUGCAGUGCCUGGAGGAGGACAAGAACCGGGCCAUCGAGGAGGCCUUCGCCAGGGCCCAGGUGGAGAUGAAGGCCGUGCACGAGAACCUGGCAGGCGUCCGGACCAACCUGCUGACGCUGCAGCCGGCGCUUCGGACCCUCACCAACGACUACAACGGGCUCAAGCGGCAGGUGCGGGGCUUCCCCCUGCUGCUGCAGGAGGCGCUCAAGAGCGUCAAGGCUGAGAUCGGCCAGGCCAUCGAGGAGGUCAACAGCAACAACCAGGAGCUGCUGCGAAAGUACCGCCGGGAGCUGCAGCUGCGCAAGAAAUGCCACAAUGAGCUCGUGCGGCUGAAAGGGAACAUCCGGGUGAUUGCUCGGGUCCGGCCGAUCACCAAAGAGGAUGGGGAAGGACCCGAGGCGACCAAUGCAGUGACCUUCGAUCCUGACGAUGACUCCAUCAUCCACCUGCUGCACAAAGGAAAGCCUGUGUCCUUUGAGCUGGACAAGGUCUUCUCCCCGAGGGCCUCGCAGCAGGACGUGUUCCAGGAGGUGCAGGCCCUGAUCACCUCCUGCAUCGACGGCUACAACGUCUGCAUCUUCGCCUACGGCCAGACGGGCGCUGGCAAGACCUACACGAUGGAGGGGACCCCUGAGAACCCAGGCAUCAACCAGCGGGCCCUGCAGCUGCUCUUCGCCGAGGUGCAGGAGAAGGCGUCCGACUGGGAAUACACCAUCACCGUCAGCGCGGCCGAGAUCUACAACGAGGCCCUCAGGGACCUGCUGGGGCAGGAGCCCCAGGAGAAACUGGAGAUCCGGCUGUGCCCAGAUGGCAGCGGGCAGCUGUACGUGCCGGGCCUGACUGAGUUCCAGGUGCAGAGCGUGGAGGACAUCAACAAGGUGUUUGAGUUCGGCCACACCAACCGCACGACGGAGUUCACCAACCUGAACGAGCACAGCUCCCGCUCGCACGCCCUGCUCAUCGUGACUGUGCGCGGCGUGGACUGCAGCACCGGCCUCCGCACCACGGGGAAGCUGAACCUGGUGGACCUGGCCGGCUCGGAGCGCGUGGGCAAGUCCGGGGCGGAGGGCAGCCGCCUGCGGGAGGCGCAGCACAUCAACAAGUCCCUGUCGGCGCUGGGGGACGUCAUCGCGGCUCUGCGCUCCCGCCAGGGCCACGUGCCCUUCCGCAACUCCAAGCUCACCUACCUGCUGCAGGACUCGCUCAGUGGGGACAGCAAGACCCUCAUGGUGGUGCAGGUGUCCCCCGUGGAGAAGAACACCAGCGAGACGCUCUACUCCCUCAAGUUUGCCGAGAGGGUCCGCUCUGUGGAGCUGGGCCCUGGGUCGCGCAGGGCAGAGCUGGGGUCCUGGUCCAGCCAGGAGCAUCUGGAGUGGGAGCCAGCCUGCCAGACGCCACAGCCCUCAGCCCGGGCUCAUUCGGCGCCUGGCUCUGGGACCACUAGCCGCCCAGGCUCCAUCCGGAGGAGGCUGCAGCCCUCAGCAGGCCUGGCGUCCCUAGACCUGGGCCUUGGCUCCGGGGGUGGAAAGGACAGGGUCCACUCCAUGUCCCUGGUGAGCAGUGAGCCUGGUCAGAGGCCUGGAAACCAGGCCUCCAGCCCCCACCUUGGCCCCAGUUGCAGAAAGGCCCAGCAAGUGCUUGGAGCACAAAGACACAGGGGCAGCAGAGUCCUGAGGGGUCCUGGCCCAAGGCAGGCCCCCCAGUGAGAUGCCUGUUGCUU